GGCCUACCGUACUAGAACAAUCGAUUGUAUAUAUAAAUAUCGAAAAGAUCCCAUCACUUAGCAACAAUGUCACAUAACACACAUCAUUAUAUUUAUUGUUUUUAAGAUACUAUAACAGACAGCUAGUUGCAAGCUGUCUUUUCUAUACCAUCAAGAUACAAUCCCCAUAUUUUCCCCCUCUCAACGUGUUACAUUCUUUCUUCAUUUAGAUAAUCAAUUCAAUUUGUCAGGUAUCCAUCAGUAUGGCGGGAAUUCAAGUGGAAGACGUUAGCUACCGGCAGACAAACGGUUCCAUCGAUAUACCGCACUUUUCACUCAAUGUGUGAUAUCAUAAUUAUAAUUCAUUAUUACGGUUUUGGAAACUGGUUAGCGAAGAAUAUUUGAUAUUUUGAGAUGAAAUUGUUGAAUUUUCGAGAUAAUAUUAUAAUUACGUCACAGUAAAUGUAAGAUGAGUGAUAAGAAGAAAGUGGUUAUGCAUCGGUCAUCUCAGAAACAUUCUGAAGGAAAAUUCACCAGAAAUGGAUCUUUCCGAAACUCACAAAAAUCAUCGGGAAUGAAAAGUACAAUGCGGGAAACAAAACAGAGGGGUGAUCGGUUGGGGAAAACAGCCAACGAAACAACUGACAUGAGAAGUAGCGCCAUGUCCUUCGCAGAAACGAUGGCGAAGCUGGCAGCACAACAGAAAGAAAAGUCAAAAGGAAAGAGAAAGAAGAGUAAAUGAUGACGUAAUUGAAAAAUAGUAAAUGAUGACGU